UAGGCAGCAAGCUAUAAUAUAGGCACACUAAUAACAAGCCGCUUUUCGUGUCAAAAAAAAAAAAGAAAAAAAGAAAAGAAAAGAAAAAGAAGCCAUUUUCAUGGAGCAAUUAUGCGUGUCAAUGGGCUUAGCGCAGCAGCAGCGCAAUGGUGAAAUGAAUGAGGGAUGGAAGAAAGAGGAAUCCGACUAAAACCCAUUUUUCAAUUGUUUAUAUUCCUUCAAAAAGCGCUUUCCAAACCCCUUUUCUCGAAACCCAAGAGAGAUUUUCUGAGUAUUAUUAUUUGUCGACUGGAACUCUUGCUCGAGGACUUCUCUUGUUCCUGCUGGAGCAAAUAAUACUGUAAUCAUGUCCCAAGCUAUGUUAGACGAUGUUCAUAAAAUGCUGGAUGCUUAUAUCUAUGAUUACCUCUUGAAGAGAAAACUAUAUGCUUCUGCAAGGUCUUUUCUGGCUGAAGGAAAAGUUUUUAUGAAUCCAGUGGCUUUUGAUGAGCCGCGUGGUUUCCUUUUGGAAUGGUGGUCUGUGUUCUGGGAUUUAUUUAUUGCCCGCAUAAAUCCGGAUCACUCAGAAGCUGCGGCAUCUUACAUCAAGUCUCAGAUGAUGAAGAAUGGAAAUUUGCAGCUACAGCAACAAUAUUUUUUACAGAAGACUCAGCAGAGUACUACUCCAACUGCUAACAGGUUGGUUUCGAACAAUUCACUCAAUAUACAGAAUUCUUCAGUUGCAAAUAAAAUAGCUGCAAAAAUGUAUGAGAAUUAUACACUCCCUAUUCAAAGAGAUACACUGGCCAAUGUUCUCCCAAAGAAAAGAUUCCUCAAGCAUGUAAGCCACCCUCCAGCCUCAAUAUUUGGAGCAGCUGCCAUGAAUGCUCAGCUUCUAAGCCAGAGCCAAACACCUGGGAACAGUUCAACAAGCAUUGAUACUCAAUAUCGGAGUCAACAGCUUCCAGGGUCCAAAAAAUUGAAAGGUGAGAUGAAGUCAACUAUGAACUCCAGAGUUAGCACGGCGGAAGGAAUUGCUGGAUCAAACCAGGGUACUAGUCAUUUGCCUUUUAAUGGAGGACCUUCAACUGGAUUGAAUCCUCUAAGCUUGGGGCAACUGCAGCAACCCAAGUCAUUCAUCCAAUUACUUCAUACUUCCAAUAGAUCUCAGCUGGAGCAUCCAUUUAUGUUUCAGGCAGCUCAAAGCUUGGGAGUACCUUCUGCCAAUGCGGCAUUUAUAAGACCGGUAGUGCCUUUAAGUCAAAAUCUGAAUACAGGGAAGGAUAGCCAAUUAUGUUCUAUUGAUGUGUCUGAUGUUGAUUCAAUGGCAUCAGUUUGUCAUCCUGCUUUGGCACAUCAUCCAGUUUUGAGUCAACAUUCUCAGAAUUCAAAUCACAUAAUUCAGCAGCAAGAUAAAUUGGCCGAUUCAGGGAUCACAAAUGUUGAUGGCUAUACGUCCAAUAACUUUCAGGUUAAUAAUCAGGCUGAUAUGGACGGUCUCAUGGAUGAUGGAGCAUUAGAUGAUGUGGAGUCUUUCCUAUCUCCUAAGGAAUCAGACGAGAGAUAUAAUGUAGGUCUGUUAUCUGACUCUACCAAAGGCCUCACACUGAAGGAAAUUCGUGUAAUUCCUGCAAAUACAAGAAAAGUUGAAUGCUGCUGCUUCUCAUCUGAUGGAAAACUAUUUGCUAGUGGUGGGAGUGACAAAAAGGCUACAGUGUGGUGCACAAAGUCCUUUAAGGUGAGGUCUACACUUGAUGAACAUUCACAAUGGAUAACUGAAGUUUGCUUUAGUCCAAGGACAUUAAAGGUCGCAACAUCUUCAGCUGACAGGACUGUCAAGGUUUGGGAUGUUGAUAAUCAUGGCCAAUCACUUCGGACUUUUACUGGACAUUCUACUGGAGUCACAUCAUUGGACUUUCAUCCUAGUAAAGAUGAUCUCAUUUGCUCUUCUGAUAUUAGUAGCGAGAUUAGGUACUGGAGCAUUAAGAACGGCAGUUGUGUUGGCAUUUUCAAGGGUGGUGCAACAAAGUUGAGGUUUCAACCGAACAAUGGAAGAAUGCUUGCUGCAGCAGUGGGAAAUGUUGUUUCCAUAAUUGACGUAGAAACCCAAGUUUGCAUUAAAUUACAGGGUCACAAAAGUCAAAUUCAUUCUGUAUGCUGGGAUCCAUCUGGUGAAUAUCUGGCAUCAACCAGUGACGACGUAGCUAAAGUAUGGAAAUUUGGUUCUGGCAGCAAAGGAGACUGCAUUCGUGAGUUGAACUGUAAUGGAAACACAUUUCAUACCUGUGUUUUUCAUCCCACCAAUACUUCUGUUUUGAUCAUUGGAUCUCAUGAGUCACUGGAGCUUUGGGACAUGACGAAAAACAAGACAAGGACACUGCAUGCUCAUGAGAAGUUGGUAUCAGCCUUGGCUGCAUCAAAUGUUACUGGUUUAGUUGCUUCGGCAAGUCACGACAAUUGUGUCAAGCUCUGGCAGUAACGAAAUCGAUGAGCUCUCUUCUCCAACCAAAAUACCAUCCUAAAAUCGUAUGUUGUUGUUCGAUAACCAUAUAUCUCAGUCAUUUUUGUUGUUUUUCAUUUACUUGUUUGUAUUUAGGUAGUGACAAACUACAACCAAAAGUAAUGUUUCUGUAAGGACAAUGGCAGAAGAUGUCCUUUUUUUAGUAUACUGUAAAAAGGAAAGCAAAAAAGCUAAUGGAACACAAAUCUCUAGACAGCUUCGGACAGCCA